AUGAGCGUUUGGUUAACUGAGUGGGGAGACGACAUCAGUGAUGAGGACGAUGGUGGUAAUGGUGGUGGAGGUGGUGGUUACAAUGGUGGUGAUGGUAGCAACAAUGGUGGAGGUAUGGUGGUGGUGUUCAUAGUGGGAUAUGGUGGUUGGGGUGCACAUGUAACAAUGGUACUAGGGGCGGUGGUAGCGCCAAUGGUGGCAAUUGUGGUUGUGGUGGCAAUGGUGUUGGUUGUGGUUAUAGUGGAGGUAUGGUGGUGUGCUAAUAGUGGGAUGUGGUGGUUGAGGUGUAGAGGUAACACUCGUGGCAUGGUUGGUGGCGGCGGUGGUAGUUGUGGUGGCAAUGGUGGUAGUUGCGGUUAUGAUGGUGCUAGUGGUGGUGGUGGCAAUUAUGGUGGUGAUACUGGUGGUAGUGGCGGUUGGUGGUUGUGGCCGCAAUGGUGGCGGUUACGAUUAUGA